ACGCAAAGCCAUCGCCCUCGAUCUAGAAACUUCCAUGGCAAAACCAUCGGCUUUAGAUUUCCCCCUCUUCGCUGCGUGCCUUCCUCCUCCGCGGUUUCCAAGCAUCUCCGACGCCACAGACAUCUCGCCCUUCUGGAUUUUGGAUCCGCUAGUAAAGAGCAGUUCAUCCUGGAUUCUAACUCUUUCUUCCUCGCAGUUCUCUCUCGCUUCGAUCGUAUCAUCUAUCGGUUCGUUUUUGUGCUCCAAAAGAUGCUUUCUUUUGUUUGCUUUCGCGAUCUAAGCCUUUGAAAUCCUGUGUUGUUGAUGUUCCCGGAAGAGACCGGACUGUUGUUUGAUCAGUAGCGCAUCUUUUUAUCCUCUAGAAAUCGCAUCUUUGCUGCUCCAUCCGUCAAUACCAACUGCUGUUGCUAUCCAUCUGAUUGUUCUACUAUUUUCCUCUCUCCUCGCAUCGAGACCUCGGAUUUCUCUUGUAAUCCCCUUUUCAAGUAGUAAUAGUUGUCGAUGUUGUUCCUUUGUUCAGUAUUAGGGUUCCGUUAAUUUAGUGGAGCGUAGUCCUGUCUUAUGUAAAAUAUCUUCCUCUGUACAUAUUUGUGUUGGUUUCCGCUCGCUUUAUCCUUCAAUCUUCCUCCUUUUCGUAGAUCAAAAUUGCAACUUUGUUUUCUAUCACCGAGGGUCGGUUAAGAACUGUUGAUUUCCUGUCUAAUUCGAGAGUUCUAUUGAAAUCCUUAUCUUGAGUAGGAAGUUUGACUUUAUUUGCCUCAAAUUUCGUCAUGAAUCCGGUGAAAGAGGAAUACCAGGAUUACUCGGAGGCAUCCUCUGGCUCCAAUGAGAUCGUGGUCGAUCCUCCGAGACCAUUGGAGGGGCUCCAUGAAGCCGGGCCACCGCCUUUUCUAACCAAGACAUACGACAUGGUGGAUGACCCGAGCACGAACCAGGUGGUCUCGUGGAGUCAGACGAACAACAGCUUCGUGGUCUGGGACCCGCAUGCCUUCGCCAUGACGUUGCUGCCCAAAUACUUCAAGCACAACAACUUCUCCAGCUUCGUCAGGCAGCUAAAUACCUAUAAGAGGAUGAUGAAAGAACAUGAAAGAAGAAAAGAGAAGAAAGAUAUGGCUGUUGCAACUGUAAUUACUUCAUAUGUGAAUCAGCUUGAGGGUUUUAGAAAGGUGGAUCCUGAUAGAUGGGAAUUUGCUAACGAGGGAUUCCUCAGGGGGCAGAAACAUCUGCUUAAGACCAUAAAAAGGAGAAGGCCACACAAUCAUCCUCCAUUACAACAGUCUCUUAGUGCAUACAUCGAGGUUGGGGAAUUUGGCCUGGAAAGAAAAGUAGACCGGUUAAAGCGUGAUAGACAUUUGUUGAUGCAGGAAGUUGUAAAACUAAGGCAGGAGCAACAGAACACAAGAGCCCAUCUCAAAGCUAUGGAAGAGAGGCUACAACUGACAGAGCAGAGGCAACAACAGACAAUGGCUUUCCUAGCUCGGCUGAUGCAGAACCCCAGCUUAUUACAACAGUUGCUUGACCAGAAGGAGAGAAUGAAGGAGCUUGAAGAGGCCAUUUCUAAGAAAAGAAGAAGACCCAUCGACACAGCUCCUGAGCCUGAUGAUGUGGGAACGAGCGGAUACCAGGAAACAUAUUUGCCUGUCAAAAUUGAAGCUCAAGGUAUACAGGACUUCUAUGUCGAGGAAGUUUUGAGCUCGGAUAACUUAGCAGGACAGUCCCAUAGCGAGGAGCACUUGGCGCCUCAUGAAAACAACACAGAUGGGGAGCUGAAUGACAACUUUUGGGAGGAGUUGUUAAACGAAGGACUUGGUGAUGAGAAAGGUACUUUCGGUAUCGAGGGGGUAGAUACUGAAGAUGUAAAUGUCUUGGCUGAUCAACUAGGCUUUCUUACUUCUACCAGCCCUAAAUAGUUUGUUAAACCAGUAUUUAUCUAGACCUUUUGUAUUUGAUUGAGUUAACCACUGCUAACUGGAAACUGAUGGUUCCUUUUUCCUCGUUUAUAUUGAUAUGGUUACCUAUCAGCUGGGCUUGUUUCA